AAUAUCAGAAAUGAGUAUCGGCGCGUUAUCAUCAUUAUGCGCAAAAUAAAAGGUAAAGUCCGGGGAACAAUUGCACUUUCGUACAUUUUGUUAGAGAAACAUUUGACGCGAUACACUUCAUACGCUGCAAGCUACUUGUUUGAUCAUCUACAAAAGUUACUUGUCACAAUAUACAACUGUGUCCUGACGAUGGCACUUUGUAGGAAAAUCUAUGGAAAUAUGGAGGUCAAAACAGUUUUAUUUGGCUUGCUGCUGCCGCUCUCGAUGCUAAAUGGAAUUGAAUCUGCCUGCAAUUACUUUCAAAAGUUAGAAGCUGGACGAACAUAUAAUGUGGCUAAUCCUGGUUUUCCCAAUAAGUAUAAAGGUGAAAAUCAUUGCACAUGGCAAAUGGAAAGUCGUUUUAAUGUCAAAAUAAAUUGCAGUGUUGAUAUGCCAGCGUCUGUCAAUGAUUGUACUGAAGAUAUUCUUUCUGUGCAAAUUGAUGGAAAAAGUAUGCAAAAAUACUGUGGUGUCGGUCCACUCAUUCUUGAAGGAAAAAAUCCGAUUAUAAAAUUAGAUUCAUCCUCUUCCUCGAAAGGAGGUAAAUUUUCAUGCGAGAUUCGAGAAGAGGAGCAAUCUGAUGAAAACAAUUGUAAAUGUGGUUGGAAGAAAGUAACUAGAAUAGUAGGCGGUAAUGAAACUGGGGUGAAUGAAUAUCCUAUGAUGUGUGGACUCGUCGAUACUACUAAUAGAUUGAUAUAUUGCGGCUGUACCAUAAUAUCUCACCAUUGCGUAGUGACAGCAGCUCAUUGUAUAGAGGAUAGAGAUAUCGCAAAAAUUGGCGUUGUUGUUGGUGAACACGAUGUAACUACAGGGAAGGAGACUAACGCAACCAAAUUGUUUCGCAUAAACAAUUGCGAGAUACAUCCUGAAUACGAAAAUAUUCAAAACGAUAUAGCUGUGUGUAAGAUUGACGGUAACAUAGCAUAUAGUAAUGAAGUCGGCCCGGUCUGUUUACCAUUUCAACAUAAACACAACUCGUUCGUUGGUGACAAUGUAACAGCAUUGGGUUGGGGUUUAUUGGAAUUUGGCGGUGCCAAAGCGACUACGCUACAAAAAGUAAAUUUAGAUGUGAUAAGUCGUAAGCAAUGCACAGAAUAUUAUUCCGAUGUAACUAACGGAAACAUGUGUACUUACACUCCGGGAAAGGACACUUGUCAAAUGGAUAGCGGCGGGCCUGUCUUAUGGAGUGAUCCUACUACACAUAAUCUUGUAUUAGCUGGUAUAACAUCUUCCGGUACUGGAUGUGGUUCAGAUGAACCUGCUAUCGAUACACGUGUAGGAGCUUACACUGAUUGGAUACAAUCUGUGUGUGAUGAAAAAUAUUGUAAAAUAGAGUAAUUUCUCUACAUAAUUGUUUCAUAAGGCUAUGGAUCUUUGUCACAAGUAAAACGAUGCUUUGUAACUUCGUAUUAUUCCAAAAAGAUAUGUAUAAAAUAUGUAUCUAUACUAUCUAUACUAAAUAUAUAUCUAUACUAUCUAUACUAAAUAUGUAUCUAUACUAAUAUCUCAACAAUGUUUAUAUAUAUUCUCAACAAUUAUUAUAUUUUAAUUAUACAUAAACAAUAUUCAAUUAUAUUUGCUUGCAUUUAGAAAAU